AGGUUGAGCGGGCGCUACCGCGUCGGCGGCGCUGCUGCUGGUGGCCGCCGGGGCUGAGGUCGCUCCCAUGGCUCUGCCGGGCGCCGGGGCGGCGGCGGCCGCCGGUGGCAGCGGGGGUCCGUGCCCGCUGUGGACGGCGCUGUACGACUACGAGGCGAGCGGCGAGGACGAGCUGAGCCUGCGGCGAGGGGACGUGGUGGAGGUGCUGUCGCAGGACGCGGCGGUGUCCGGCGACGACGGCUGGUGGGCGGGGAAGAUCCGCCACCGCCUCGGCAUCUUCCCGGCCAACUACGUGACCCGCCAGCCCCGCGGCGGAGCGGCGACGGCGGGGGGCGGCGGGCUGGGGGACCCCGCGGGGAGCCUGACGGAGAUCGACUUCCAGCACCUGGAGCUGCAGGAGAUCAUCGGAGUGGGGGGCUUCGGAAAGGUGUACCGGGCCACCUGGCGGGGCCGUGAGGUGGCCGUGAAGGCGGCGCGGCAGGACCCCGACGAGGACAUCACGGCCACGGCGGAGAGCGUGCGGCAGGAGGCCAAGCUCUUCUCCAUGCUGCGGCACCCCAACAUCAUCGCCCUGCACGGGGUCUGCCUGCGGGAGCCCAACCUCUGCCUCGUCAUGGAGUUCGCCCGCGGCGGAUCCCUCAACAGGGCCCUGGCCGCCGCCCCCGGGGCCUCGGCCUCCCGCGGGGGCCGCCGCAUCCCCCCGCACAUCCUGGUGAACUGGGCGGUGCAGAUCGCCCGUGGCAUGCUCUACCUGCACGACGAGGCCAUCGUCCCCAUCCUGCACAGGGACCUCAAGUCGAGCAACAUUUUAUUGCUUGAGAAGAUGGAACAUGAUGACAUUUGUAAUAAAACUCUGAAGAUUACAGACUUCGGUCUGGCUAGAGAGUGGCACAGAACAACCAAAAUGAGUGCAGCAGGAACUUAUGCAUGGAUGGCUCCAGAAGUUAUCAAGUCCUCCAUGUUUUCUAAAGGAAGUGAUAUUUGGAGUUAUGGAGUGUUGCUAUGGGAGCUGCUUACAGGAGAAGUGCCUUACCGUGGCAUCGAUGGCCUCGCUGUGGCUUACGGAGUAGCUGUCAAUAAGCUUACUUUGCCCAUUCCAUCCACCUGCCCUGAACCAUUUGCAAAACUAAUGAAAGAAUGCUGGGAGCAGGACCCUCAUAUCCGACCAUCGUUUGCCUUAAUUCUUGAACAGCUUACUGCCAUUGAAGGGGCAGUUAUGACUGAAAUGCCUCAAGAGUCUUUCCACUCCAUGCAAGAUGACUGGAAAUUGGAAAUUCAGCAGAUAUUUAAUGAAUUGAGGACCAAGGAAAAAGAGCUUCGGUCACGAGAAGAGGAGUUGACAAGAGCAGCUCUUCAGCAGAAAUCUCAAGAAGAAUUACUGAAGCGCCGUGAGCAGCAGUUAGCGGAACGCGAGAUCGAUGUACUGGAGCGCGAGCUGAAUAUCAUGAUAUUCCAGUUAAACCAAGAGAAACCCAAUGUGAAGAAGAGGAAGGGGAAGUUUAAAAGAAGCCGGUUAAAACUCAAAGAUGGACACAGAAUUAGUUUGCCUUCAGACUUCCAGCACAAAAUAACAGUGCAGGCAUCCCCCAAUCUGGAUAAGAGGAGGAGUUUAAACAGUAACAGCUCUAGUCCAUCAAGUAGCCCCACAAUAAUUCCUCGUCUUCGAGCUAUACAAUUGAUUCCAAAAACAGAUACACACACAGCUAAUGGCCGAAGAAACAGUGUAUAUGUGUACCAGCAAGAUGUAGAUAUCACAAGUGAAUAUGAACUUCCCUGUGGGGUUAUGAAAAAAGGCAAGAUUUCAUUAUGUUUCCAAGUAACUUCAGAUGAGAGCAACAGAACUUGGGGAAGGAGCACAACAUAUCAUCAAGAAGAGUUUGAAGAUGUGAAGAGAAGUUUUAAAAAGAAAGGUUGUACAUGGGGACCAAGUUCAGCUCAAACAAAGGAUCGUGCAGAUUGUAAGGACAAAGUAAGACCCCUUUCAGAUGGCAGCAACCCUUGGUCAACUGUUUUAAUGAAAAAUCAGAAGAGUGUUCCCUUAGCUUCACUAUUUGUGGACCAAGGUGCCUGUACUGAUAAGAAACUUAUCCCUGAAGGUUUGGACAGUAAAAGACCAAAGCCAAUUAAGUUGCCCAAUCAGGCCUAUAUUAAUCUACCUCUUUGGAAAGAUGAUCAGGGAGAGAACACAGUAGAACACGAGAGCUUUGAAGAAGGAACCUCUGCUAGUUCUACAAACAGUACUCCUCAAAUGACACCUACAAACAGUCUGAGCAGGACACUGCACAAAAAGAAGACUGAUUCAGUGCUCUAUGGGUGUGCUGUCCUCCUUGCAUCUGUUGCCUUGGGCUUAGAUAUCAGAGAGCUGAAUAAAUUGCAGGGUCCAGAUGAACUCUUGCCUAAAGAUGAGAGGAAGAAGCGUGAUGGAAUAUUUCAGCGUGCUUCAAAAUUCCGCAGGAGUGCCAGCCCUACACGACUGCAGUCCAAGAAAGAGGAAACAAGUAUUCCAUGCCUAAAUCCAGCUGCAGAUACUGUGAAUCUCCUCUCUAUGCCCUCCGUUUCCACAAAAUGCCUACUUCAACCUGAUGGUGAAGAUGCUUUUGUAAGCACUGUGCUUGGUGAUUGUGGUCGAUGUAGUUCCACUGACAAUUUUUCAUCGCAAACUUCUGAAAGUAAGAGAGAACAAAGGAUACAGCUGGCUCCUAACACCGCUUCGACACAAUUGAAAAAUCAGACUUUUAGUCUUGGUCUGAAACAAGAGUCUCAAAACGUGCCAAAAGAUUCCUCCACAAAGUUAAGUAUGUUGGGUCACAGACGAACCUUAUCAGAUGGGAACCAUUUUCAGACCACAGCUAACGGAGUUGCUUCAACCCAUGAUGUCUCCAGACUCCCAGUCCUGUCAGUUCCUGGAACUCUGCCCUCCCCAUCUUUUCAACAAAGAAGCAAUCACAGUGGUGUUUCAAAUGAAAAGCAGAGCGCUGUGAAUACUAUCUCAAGGCCUCGACCUUCUUCUCUAAGAAAUAAAAUCGAUGCAUGGCAGAUUAUUCCACGUAUGAUUAAACCAAACUCUAAAGACUCUGAAUGUUUAGAGGGCAAUGUAGAUCCAGGUGUUAACUUUUUGCCAGAUAUUGAGGAAAGAACUAACUGCCACAUGCCCUCGUUACUUGAUAUUGAUGUGGAAGGUCAAAAUAGAGACUGUACUGUGCCUUUAUGCAGAAUGAAGAGCAAAACUUGUCGGCCAUCUAUAUAUGAACUGGAGAGAGAGUUUCUGUCCUGAGUGCCUUUCAUUUUAAAAAUGUUUUCUUCACAAAGGGGAACAAACAUAAGAUUCCUGUUCGUCUAACACUUUGUGCUGCUGUUUUCUGAUGUACUGUGACAAAUAGUACCAAAAUUAUUAAAAUGGGCAGCUAAUUAAGUGUUGUAGGUGCCUUUUUUCAAAUGUUCAUUGAAAUCCCAGCUAGUAACUCUAAAAGCACAAUGCUGCAAAUCGUAUUCUAGGUGAACUUUGUAAGUAUAUUUUGAAUGAUUAAAAUAAAAUGCCCACCUCCCUCUGUUGUGUCACAGAAGUUUUCUUUAGGUUUGAGAGGUUUUGCUAGAAAUUUAAUUUUCGCAC